AUGGUGCUCCUGGUCCUUUACGUCAAGGCUGAGCUCGAGAACGUGGCGAGCAUCACGUUCCCGAGGAACCUCCAGUGGUGCUUCGACGUGAAGGACGCUCAGAGCGACGAGACGAAGGAGGGUGUUUUCCUAUGCGCCGAGGACGUCGCGGAGGUGGACGGCAGCAAGGGCGACGCGAACUUCGCCAUGCGGUUCCCCGACUGCAAGAAGCAGUGCACGAUCACCUUCGACGAGGUGAAGAAGCUGUGCCGGGACACCAUCACCGCGGAGGACAGCGGCGAGUUCGUGCCCAUCAUGGGGUUCGACUGCCGAGGGCUGGAGAUCACCAAGUGGCAGCCCACCGACGGAUACGUCGUGAAGUCCACGGGGGGAACCGUGUGGGAGGACGUGGACCUCGGCGCCGACCCGGACGGGUGGUACGAGUACUGCGACAAGUGCGGCGAGUCCGUGAGCAUCCAGGAGCUCACCUUCGAGUUCAGGACGCACAAGGCCAAAUAG